CUGCAGCAGCAUCUUCCACAUGCACACACUCUGGGCUUGUUGUGAGGAGUGUCCAGGAUGGAUGAGAGAACAAUCCAGCGAGUGAAUUGGGCUCUGGCAAAUCUCUAUUGGAAGCAAGAGGCUGGACUUUCAGGCACCAGCACUAAUCACCUGGAGUUAACAGGAGCAUUCUUUUGCCCUGCUUUAUGGCUUUGGCAGGUAAACGCAGCAAACCCAAGCGUGGCAAAGGUAAAGGCGCCAGUAAGAAAGAGCAGAAGGUGGUGAAGGAAGUGGAUAUCCUCAGCCCAGAUGCCAUGCUCAAUGCUUACUACAUCUGCCACAAUGCUGCUGCCUGCCUGGAGUUACGGGGCUUUCCCUGGCCUGGCUCCCCCAAAAAGAAGAAGAAAAGAAAGUAACUGUCUGGAAGGUGAAGGACUUGGAGAAAACCAGGCUCCCCUGGGAAGAAGAGACAUUUCUGUGGAUUAGACUCUAGUGAUUAGCUCAUAUUUGGCCUGUUGUGUCCAUACAAAGACACUCUUAUUAUAGCUCCAGCCUAGAUUGACAAAUGCUGAGUGACGCUGUGCUGGUGCAUUUUCAGCUGUGGCAUUUUACCCUCUGGUUCCGUGUGGAAUAAAACUUGCUCUCUGUAGUCUGAAGGGUUUGUAGUGAAGUUUGCUUUACCCAAACUGAUGUUACUCUUUUAUGGAUGGGACAUACUUCCCAACAGUGUUGGUGGAAAACUGGGUUCAGAAAGUGGAUACCACAGA